AUGGUAUACGCCCGGCCGUCUGUCGUAUCGCCAUGCCCCAGCAUCGCUGGCAGGUGUGUCGCCCGGGUCAACGUGGCCCGUUGGUGCCAUGUAACUACCGCACGGGCUACGAGAACAGCUUCGGCCCGUUGGGAGGCUUUGACCCCGAUCGCGGAGCCGCCGGGAGUGCAAGUGGCGGCGCCUGACCCCGAAUACCUGAACCAGAACGACGUUGGCGCCUUCGACGUGAAGGCGGCAACCCACAGCCGCCGGGAGCGAGCGGGAAUUGAAGUUUGGGCGUGUGGCGGCGGCGGGGUGGGCGAGUGA